GUACGACCACGCACGAUUCUCAGCCCUUGGACAAUGUCCCACUUGGCUGAGUUCGAAGCCUCUCUCAAAGAGGUCGUCAAUGCAAAACGAUUGUCGGCGUCAAAAAUGAACAACCUAACUGACAUUGCGAUGAAAUCGAUGGCAGACGACACUCAACUGGUUUCAAUCCUGUACCGCACCCACAAAUCCCUCACUCCGUCUGCCAAAAUCUCCAGCCUCUAUGUUUUUGACGCUCUGGCUCGCGCAGCUCGCAGUCAAGUCACGAAGCAAGGUAUUACUGGCGACAUAAACUCUCAACCUGGAAACUCUGCCACUUUUCUCCUCAAGUUGGAAGGUGUUCUGGAGGGUUUAUUCCAAGACAUGAUAUCAACAGCAACCUCUGAAGGCAAGGAAAAGACGAAAAAAGUACUCGAUAUCUGGGUCAAGGGAUCUACAUUUCCGUCACCAAUCCUAGCGCGACUGAAGGAUGUGACUACAGAAAAAGAUAAUCAAGUAAAGGUCACGCUCGACCCGCGUGCCGCCGCCGUUGCCGUUGCCGCUCCCCUACCACAAACCCCGGCUGCAACAUUAGCACCACCACCUCCAGUUUUGGAUCCUCAAGCGACCUUAUUAGCAUUGCUAACGCAAGCUGCUGCGAAUAAUGCGAUCCAAACUAAUGUGGGACAAGCAAUACCAAGUGCAACUGCCGCUGCGCCUCAGCUUGCGUUGCUCCAGCAGCUUACAGCCAAUCUCAACAAUACUCCUCCUCCUCAACCUGCCUUCUCUCCCCAUUCACCUCCCCAUUCGCCUGCCCAAGACCAUAACUUCUACGGGAGGAGACACGACCCACGUUCCGAAUACCAACAACAACGCAGUAAUAACAAUAAUAAUCCGCAUGAUGGACGGGGGAAUUAUCGAGGCGGGUUUCGGGGUCGUGGACGAGGAGAAGGCCGCAGCUGGGAUAACCGUGAUCGGUUCAAUAAGGAUAACAGAGAUGACGACAGAAGACAACGACGAAGUCGCUCAAAAAGUCCGCCCCCUCGGGGAGGAGAACGACGCAAUGCACGACCAUAUAGUCCAAGACGGCCAUCAACACUGGCUGAUCCACGACCAAGGGUAGUACAGCCACCUCAAGCAGGACUGGACGAAUUUGGGAGAGAGAUAAGGCAAGCUUCGCCUUCGCCAGAGCCGCCAGAUGAUAUUGUCGACGAAAAACCAGCAGCAGCACAUAGUCAACCACAUCAGGUGACGAGCAGUGUAAAGGCACCAGCCCCACCGUCCGCGAGUAACUACCAGAGUCAAAUGUCAUCGGUAGAUGUGAAUGCAUCUUCACCGCUCCCUGUUGUGGCAAAUGAUGCCCCCCAACCUACUUCUGGUCAGACUUUGGAGGACAACGUGGCAGCCAAUUUGUCCAGCUUCGAUGCCUCCACAUUUGAUUUUACAUCACCGGCUUCGUGGGAAGCAUUGGGCAAGAUGUGGCAAGCGUCUUUCGGGACAGCACCGACGAUGGAGCAGUUAAUGCAAUAUGUCAUGUCUGGUGGGACGAUGACCGUGGCGACUGGACAACAGCAAGCACAACCGCAACCGCAACCGCAACCGCAACAACAACAACAACAACAGCGCCCAUACAAACUUACCAGCAGCAGCAACAUGGCAAUUGGGGGGGUCAUCAACAACAGGGAUUUAGAGGUCGGGGCAGAGGGAGCUUCUCAAGAGGCCGAAGUGGCGGAGGCUACGCAGGUCAUCCUGGAGGAACGUGGCAUGACAAUUCCGGGACUGAUGCUAUCGUACUUGGCGGUGGUGAUGAUGAGACGAUGA